CCUCCUGCCUUCCGCUGCCUCUCCAGGAACAGGUAGAACUGGAGUUCCUUGAGCGCCACCCCGGCUCUGCUUCUCAGAGACUCCAACCCCUUAAAGCCCUCCCCUCCUUAGUUCCGCUCGACACUGCGAAGUCAGGGGACACAGAAAACCAAGAAAAGGCUCUGGAUUUCCCGCAAGGAGCAAUGAGGGAGAUUUGCUCUCAGCUCCUACUUGGAAGGUGCAAGAAGCUUUGCUGCGGAUGAUCACAGGCUCGGUCUGUCCAGCCUCCUCUCUAGCUUCCGCGGCAAAGCCGCCCCCUCCUUUGCGCCACAGCUGGCGCAGCUGGCCUGUUCCUGCGCAGCUCUCCGCGCCCCACGCCGCUCUUUUACACACCCCAAGGGCUGGUCCAUGGGUCCAUGUACCACCCACUGCUUGGAAGCCUGGGAGCUGACCAGGUGGGACCCUCGGGCCUCCCGGAGGACUGGCCGUGGCACCCACUAGAUCCGAUGCAGUUUCCUCUCCUGGGAUUUCUGAGCGAGGCCCAUGGAUGCCGAGGGCCUCCUGGGGCUCUGACCCCAUGUUGCCCACACUCAGCCACGAUGUCCUGCACCGCCCAAGGCGCCCAGGUGCGGGCUACACUCUGGCAGGCUCACCCAGGCCCCUGCACGUCUCGUGGACACAGCAGAUGAGUGGCAGCCUCGAGGGGCCAACGCUGAAACGGCGUGGUGGCGUGGUGGACCACCGGGAUGUCAUCUUGGCCCACCAGGCGCACAAAAUGCACAGCACCCCUCAGGCCAGAAGGAAAGAAUGGGAAAUGGCCCGCUUUGGAGACGAGAUGCCGGGCCGCUACGGCGCAGGCGGAGGAGGCUCAGGGCCGGCCGCCGGGGUGGUCGUGGGCGCCGCGGGCGGCCGAGGAGCCGGGGGCAGCCGGCAGGGCGGGCAGCCGGGAGCGCAGAGGAUGUACAAGCAGUCGAUGGCGCAGAGAGCGCGGACCAUGGCCCUCUACAACCCAAUCCCCGUCCGCCAGAACUGCCUCACGGUCAACCGCUCCCUGUUCCUCUUCAGUGAAGACAACGUGGUGAGAAAAUACGCCAAAAAGAUCACGGAAUGGCCUCCCUUCGAGUACAUGAUCCUGGCCACCAUCAUUGCCAACUGCAUCGUCCUGGCCCUGGAGCAGCACCUCCCUGACGACGACAAGACGCCCAUGUCUGAGCGACUGGAUGACACGGAACCAUACUUCAUCGGAAUCUUCUGUUUCGAGGCUGGAAUUAAGAUCGUGGCUCUCGGCUUUGCCUUCCACAAAGGCUCCUACCUGAGGAAUGGCUGGAAUGUCAUGGACUUUGUCGUGGUGCUAACAGGCAUCUUGGCCACUGUCGGGACGGAGUUUGACCUACGGACACUGAGGGCAGUACGUGUGCUGCGACCACUCAAGCUGGUGUCUGGAAUCCCAAGUUUACAAGUCGUCCUGAAGUCAAUCAUGAAGGCGAUGAUCCCUCUGCUGCAGAUCGGCCUACUCCUGUUUUUUGCAAUCCUUAUUUUUGCAAUCAUAGGGUUAGAAUUUUAUAUGGGAAAAUUUCAUACCACCUGCUUUGAAGAGGGGACAGACGACAUCCAGGGUGAGUCGCCAGCUCCGUGUGGGACAGAGGAACCCGCCCGCACCUGCCCCAACGGGACCAAAUGUCAGCCGUACUGGGAAGGGCCGAACAACGGCAUCACUCAGUUCGACAACAUCCUGUUCGCUGUGCUCACUGUUUUCCAGUGUAUCACCAUGGAAGGCUGGACUGAUCUCCUCUACAAUAGCAACGAUGCCUCAGGGAACACUUGGAACUGGUUGUACUUCAUCCCCCUCAUCAUCAUCGGCUCCUUUUUUAUGCUGAACCUUGUGCUGGGUGUGCUGUCUGGGGAGUUUGCCAAAGAAAGGGAACGUGUGGAGAACCGGAGGGCUUUUUUGAAGCUCAGGAGACAACAGCAGAUUGAACGUGAGCUCAAUGGAUACAUGGAGUGGAUCUCAAAAGCAGAAGAGGUGAUCCUCGCGGAGGACGAGACAGACGUGGAGCAGAGGCAUCCUUUUGAUGCUCUGCGGAGAGCUACCCUGAAGAAAAGCAAGACGGACCUGCUCAACCCUGAGGAGGCCGAGGACCAGCUGGCUGACAUUGCAUCUGUGGGGUCUCCCUUCGCCAGAGCCAGCAUUAAAAGUGCCAAGCUGGAGAACUCAACUUUUUUUCACAAAAAGGAGAGAAGGAUGCGUUUCUACAUCCGCCGCAUGGUCAAAACUCAGGCCUUCUACUGGACCGUGCUCAGUCUGGUAGCCCUCAACACGCUGUGCGUCGCCAUCGUCCACUACAACCAGCCCGAGUGGCUCUCGGACUUCCUCUACUAUGCAGAAUUCAUUUUCUUAGGACUCUUUAUGUCCGAAAUGUUUAUAAAAAUGUAUGGGCUCGGGACGCGGCCUUACUUCCACUCUUCCUUCAACUGCUUUGACUGUGGGGUCAUCAUUGGGAGCAUCUUUGAAGUCAUCUGGGCCGUCAUAAAACCUGGCACAUCUUUUGGAAUCAGCGUGUUACGAGCUCUCAGGUUAUUGCGUAUUUUCAAAGUCACAAAGUACUGGGCAUCUCUCAGAAACCUGGUUGUCUCUCUUCUCAACUCCAUGAAGUCCAUCAUAAGUCUGUUGUUCCUCCUCUUCCUGUUCAUCGUUGUCUUUGCCCUCUUGGGGAUGCAGCUCUUUGGUGGCCAGUUUAAUUUUGAUGAGGGGACUCCUCCCACCAACUUCGACACUUUCCCAGCAGCAAUAAUGACUGUGUUUCAGAUCCUGACGGGCGAGGACUGGAAUGAGGUCAUGUAUGAUGGGAUCAAGUCUCAGGGGGGCGUGCAGGGCGGCAUGGUGUUCUCCAUCUACUUCAUCGUCCUCACCCUCUUCGGGAACUACACCCUGCUGAAUGUGUUCUUGGCCAUCGCAGUGGACAAUCUGGCCAAUGCCCAGGAGCUCACCAAGGAUGAACAAGAAGAGGAGGAAGCAGCCAACCAGAAACUGGCACUGCAAAAAGCCAAGGAGGUAGCGGAAGUGAGUCCCCUGUCUGCGGCCAACAUGUCUAUAGCUGUGAAGGAGCAGCAGAAGAACCAGAAGCCCGCCAAGUCGGUGUGGGAGCAGCGCACCAGCGAGAUGCGCAAGCAGAACCUGCUGGCCAGCCGCGAGGCGCUGUACGGGGACGCGGCUGAGCGCUGGCCCACCCCCUACGCGCGCCCGCUGCGGCCGGACGUCAAGACGCACCUGGACCGGCCGCUCGUGGUGGACCCGCAGGAGAACCGCAACAACAACACCAACAAGAGCCGCGCGCCCGACGCGCUGCGCCCGACCGCGCGACCCCGCGAGAGCGCGCGCGACCCCGACGCGCGGCGCGCCUGGGCCGGAAGCCCUGAGCGCGCGCCUGGCCGGGAAGGCCCGUACGGCCGCGAGAGCGAGCCGCAGCCGCGCGAGCACGCGCCGCCCCGCGAGCACGCGCCCUGGGACGCGGACGCCGAGCGCGCCAAGGCCGGGGACGCGCCCCGCCGCCACGCGCACCGGCCUGUGGCGGACGGAGAGCCUCGCCGCCACCGCGCACGCCGCCGGCCCGGGGACGAACCCGAAGACAGGCCGGAGCGCAGGCCGCGUCCGCGCGAUGCCGCCAGGCCGGCCCGCGCUGCAGACGGCGACGGCGAUGAUGGGGAGCGCAGGCGGCGACAUCGGCAUGGGCCCCCCGCCCACGACGACAGGGAACGCAGGCACCGGCGCAGGAAAGAGAACCAGGGCUCCGGGGUCCCCAUGUCUGGUCCCAACCUGUCCACCACCAGGCCAAUCCAGCAGGACCUGGGCCGCCAGGACCUGCCACUGGCUGAGGACCUUGACAACAUGAAGAAUAACAAGUUGGCCACUGGGGAGCCUGCGAGUCCCCACGACAGCCUGGGCCACAGUGGCCUUCCCCCAAGCCCCACCAAGAUCGGGAACAGCACCAACCCUGGUCCCACCUUGGCCACCAACCCCCAGAACGCUGCCAGCCGCAGGACGCCCAACAACCCGGGCAACCCGUCCAACCCCGGCCCCCCCAAGACCCCCGAGAACAGCCUUAUCGUCACCAACCCCAGCAGCACCCAGCCCAACUCAGCGAAGACUGCCAGGAAACCCGAGCACAUGGCGGUGGAGAUCCCCCCGGCCUGCCCGCCCCUCAACCACACCGUGGUCCAAGUAAACAAAAACGCCAACCCAGACCCACUGCCAAAGAAGGAGGAAGAGAAGAAAGAGGAAGAGGAGGCAGACCCCGGGGAGGACGGCCCCAAACCCAUGCCACCGUACAGCUCCAUGUUCAUCCUCUCCACCACUAACCCCCUUCGCCGGCUGUGCCAUUACAUCCUGAACCUGCGCUACUUCGAGAUGUGCAUCCUCAUGGUCAUCGCCAUGAGCAGCAUAGCGCUGGCCGCUGAGGACCCUGUGCAGCCCAAUGCGCCCCGCAACAACGUGCUGCGGUAUUUUGACUAUGUUUUUACGGGCGUGUUUACCUUUGAGAUGGUGAUCAAGAUGAUCGACCUGGGCCUCGUCUUGCAUCAGGGGGCCUACUUCCGUGAUCUGUGGAACAUUCUGGACUUCAUAGUGGUCAGUGGGGCCCUGGUGGCCUUUGCCUUCACUGGCAACAGCAAAGGAAAAGACAUCAACACCAUCAAGUCUCUCCGAGUCCUCCGGGUGCUACGACCUCUAAAGACCAUCAAGCGGCUGCCGAAGCUGAAGGCUGUGUUUGACUGUGUGGUGAACUCACUCAAGAAUGUCUUCAACAUCCUCAUUGUGUACAUGCUGUUCAUGUUCAUCUUCGCCGUGGUGGCUGUGCAGCUCUUCAAGGGCAAGUUCUUCCACUGUACAGAUGAAUCCAAGGAGUUCGAGAGAGACUGUCGAGGCAAGUACCUCCUGUACGAGAAGAACGAGGUGAAGGCCCGCGACCGCGAGUGGAAGAAGUACGAGUUCCACUACGACAACGUGCUCUGGGCCCUGCUCACGCUCUUCACCGUGUCCACGGGCGAGGGCUGGCCACAGGUUGCUACCAAGAUGGCACUCCCACAGUUCGGGGUGGGGGGCGCUGUCCACGGGGCUGUGGGCGUGGCUCUGAUGCUGAACUCUGGCCUGGCUGUCGGGAAGCCCAGGUUACUCCCCCGGCAGCACAAAUGUGAAGACGAACUUAAAAACAGCAGCCUUUCUGGGCACGGUGGCCACGACCAGUCGGACCACAGCCUGUUCUACGGAGCCUCUGUGGCCUACGAAAACGCCCUCCGAGUGUUUAACAUCGUCUUCACCUCGCUCUUCUCUCUCGAGUGUGUGCUGAAAGUCAUGGCCUUUGGGAUUUUGAAUUAUUUCCGCGAUGCCUGGAACAUCUUCGACUUUGUGACUGUUCUGGGCAGCAUCACAGACAUCCUCGUCACCGAGUUUGGGAAUCCGAAUAACUUCAUCAACCUGAGCUUUCUCCGCCUCUUCCGCGCCGCCCGACUCAUCAAACUCCUCCGGCAGGGUUACACCAUCCGUAUUCUCCUCUGGACCUUCGUGCAGUCCUUCAAGGCCCUACCAUAUGUCUGCCUGCUGAUCGCGAUGCUCUUCUUCAUCUACGCCAUCAUCGGGAUGCAGGUGUUUGGCAACAUCGGCAUUGAUGGGGAAGACGAGGACAGCGACGAGGAUGAGUUCCAAAUUACUGAGCACAAUAACUUCCGGACCUUCUUCCAGGCGCUCAUGCUUCUCUUCCGGAGCGCCACAGGAGAAGCGUGGCACAACAUCAUGCUGUCCUGCCUCAGUGGGAAGCCGUGCGACAAGAACUCGGGGAUCCUCACAGCCGACUGUGGCAAUGAGUUUGCAUACUUCUACUUCGUCUCCUUCAUCUUCCUUUGCUCGUUUCUGAUGCUGAACCUCUUCGUCGCUGUCAUAAUGGACAACUUCGAGUACCUCACCCGAGAUUCCUCCAUCCUGGGCCCCCACCACCUGGAUGAGUACGUGCGUGUCUGGGCCGAGUAUGACCCUGCUGCCUGGGGUCGCAUGCCUUACCCGGACAUGUAUCAGAUGCUGAGACACAUGUCCCCACCCCUGGGUCUGGGGAAGAAGUGCCCGGCCAGAGUGGCUUACAAGAGGCUCCUGCGGAUGGACCUGCCUGUCGCGGAUGACAACACAGUGCACUUCAACUCCACCCUCAUGGCUCUGAUCCGAACAGCCCUGGACAUCAAGAUUGCCAAGGGCGGGGCCGACAAGCAGCAGAUGGAUGCAGAGCUCCGGAAGGAGAUGAUGGCCAUUUGGCCCAACCUGUCCCAGAAGACCCUGGAUCUGCUGGUCACACCUCACAAGUCCACGGAUCUGACUGUGGGUAAGAUCUACGCGGCCAUGAUGAUCAUGGAGUAUUACCGGCAGAGCAAGGCCAAGAAACUGCAGGCCAUGCGGGAGGAGCAGAACCGGACGCCACUCAUGUUCCAGCGCAUGGAGCCUCCAUCGCCAACACAGGAGGGCGGGCCCAGCCAGAACGCCCUUCCCUCCACUCAGCUGGAUCCAGGAGGAGGCCUGAUGGCUCCAGAGAGCGGCCUGAAGGAGAGCCCGUCCUGGGUGACCCAGCGGGCCCAAGAGAUGUUCCAGAAGACCGGCACGUGGAGCCCAGAGCGAGGGCCACCCAGCGACAUGCCCAACAGCCAGCCCAACCCGCAGUCUGUGGAGAUGCGAGAAAUGGGUACGGAUGGCUACUCAGACAGCGAACACUACCUCCCCAUGGAAGGCCAGACCAGGGCCGCCUCCAUGCCCCGCCUCCCAGCAGAGAACCAGAGGAGAAGGGGCCGGCCACGUGGAAAUAACCUCAGUACCAUCUCUGAUACCAGCCCCAUGAAGCGCUCAGCCUCUGUGCUGGGACCCAAAGCCCGAAGACUGGAUGACUACUCACUGGAGCGGGUACCACCUGAGGAGAAUCAGCGGUACCACCAACGCCGCCGGGACCGGGAUCGGGACCGGGACCGGGACCGGGGCCACCGCACGUCCGAGCGCUCUCUGGGCCGCUACACUGAUGUGGACACAGGUCUGGGGACAGAUCUGAGCAUGACCACCCAAUCUGGUGACCUGCCCUCCAAAGAUCGGGACCAAGACCGGGGCCGGCCCAAGGACCGGAAGCAUCGGCCGCACCAUCACCACCACCACCACCACCACCACCCUCCGGCCCCCGACCGGGAGCGCUACGCACAGGAGCGGUCGGACACGGGCCGGGCGCGGGCCCGGGAGCAGCGCUGGUCCCGCUCGCCCAGCGAGGGUCGGGAGCACGCGACACACAGACAGGGCAGUAGUUCCGUCAGUGGAAGCCCAGCCCCCUCUACGUCCGGCACCAGCACGCCGCGGCGCGGCCGCCGCCAGCUCCCCCAGACCCCCUGCACCCCGCGGCCGCUCGUAUCCUACUCGCCCGCGCCGCGCCGGCCGGCGGCUCGCAGGCUCGCGGGUCCCGCGGCGCCCCCUGGCGGCUCGCCGAGGGGUUGCCGCCGCGCGCCUCGCUGGCCUGCGCAUGCGCCUGAGGGCCCGCGGCCGCGCGGCGCCGACUACACCGAGCCCGACGGCCCGCGCGAGCAGCCAGGGGGCGCGCACGAGCCCGCGCCGCGGUCGCCCAGGACUCCGCGCGCCGCGGGCUGCGCGUCGCCGCGCCACGGCCGCAGGCUGCCCAACGGCUACUACGCGGGGCACGGCGCGCCGCGGCCGCGCGCCGCCCGCAGGGGCGCGCACGACGCGUACAGCGAGAGCGAGGACGACUGGUGCUAAGCCGCCCCGCCUCCCCGCGGCGCCCGCACUGCGCGGGCGCACGGCAAAUGACAAACAAUAACGUUUUUAAAAAAGAAAACCGGGGAGAAAAACAAAAAUAGCUUCUAUUGAUGAGUUUUAUCAUCUCGAUUGAAUCUUUGGUUUUCCCGGUGAACGAAACCCAGGUGGCUGCGAGCCGGAGGGACGGCUGCGCGCCCCACACACUUCUCAGACCCACGGGAGUGCUUGCGGGCCACGCCAAACUUAUUACUGCCUGCAGAGAUCAACUACAAGAAAUAACACUAACAGUUUUUAAAAGGACAAAAAAAAAAAAAGAUUGAGAAAAACGGUUUUUUUUCUGACAUUUGGUCCUGCUUGAAAUAACAAAAGAAAAGAAAAAUUGACCAUCACCACCGAUUCCCUUGCUUCUUUUUUCCUUUAUCUUUUUAAAAACUUUUUUUUUUCUUUUUUCCUAUCUUGUUUGAAAAACGUGGGCUUGGGACUGUGAAAUAUUGCAUGACAUUAAAAAGAACAAAAAAAUAAUAAAAACGAAAAAACUUGAAUCCAA